AUGGAGUCUGGAGGUUCGUUGAAGGCGUAUAAUGCGAAGUACUGGGAAACUUACAAUGAGAUCCUUGACUACCCCACCAAUCUGGCGAUUACUCAAUACAAGCGAGGUCUCCCAGUCGGUCAUAGGCUGCGAGAUUCGCUUACAAUGCACCAGCCCACAACCAUGGAAUCCUUGAUGCAACGGAUCAAUGAACACAUUCGUGUGGAGGAUGAUGCCGCCUCUACGAUCGAGAAGGCUAAUCCAGUCGCGGCGGAUAGAAGAGUGGCGGGGAAGGUUCACUCGGUCAGGCAGGAGGACAACCGCCCAAACGACCGGUCAAAAGAUCAACGUUGUAACUCAAACCGCAAUGAUAGAAACAAAGGUUGCAGAAACAACCGAGCUAAUGCUCCCCGUGAUGAAGAGAAAGACGCCAAGAGGAAAUUGAAGGCGCGAACUGGUAUCACCACGGUCUUUAAGAUCCCCAUUUACCACAUCCUGAGUGAAAUCCGAGGUGAGCCCUUCGUCCGAUGGCCGGCAAAGUUGGGAAAUGCACAGAAAGGCUUCAACUCAAGGUAUCGCUGCACCUUCCAUGAGGAAUGGGGGCACCGAACGGAGGAUUGCUUGCCGCUCAAACAACAUUUGGAGGAGUUGGUGGCAGCAGGACAUUUGGACCAGUACAUAGAUGGGGGUAUGAAAGCCGCCCCACCUGGGCAAACUAAGCCAAAUGGCCUGGCUGCCCUGCAGACAGGGCCCCAAGGCGUAAUCAAUGUCAUCCAUGGCAUCAUUGAACCAACAAGGGUUUGCUAG